CAAGCGUUGGGUAGCGCGAGGCAGUCCGCCCACCGGAGCUACGCGGGGCCAGGCUGCAGAGCGAGCAUCGCUCCGUGGAAAUGGAAGUUCCAGCCAUAAACCUCAAGGCCAUCCUGCUUAUCCACUGGUUGCUGACCAUCUGGGGUUGCAUGCUCUGGCUUCCUCCCUCUUAUACGUGGGGGAACUUCACGAUGUUGGCCAUGGGGGUGUGGGCCAUGGCUCAGCGGGACUCUGUAGAUGCCAUACUGAUGUUUCUGCUCGGAAUGACUGUAACCAUAGUGACCGACAUCGUCCACUUUGGGCUCUUCUACCCCGCGAAAGCGAGAAUUACGCACACGGGACGCUUCAGCAUCGGCAUGGCGAUCCUCAGUCUGAUCCUAAAGCCUCUCUCCUGCUUCUUCGUCUACCAGAUGUACCGCGAGAGGGGGGGGGACUACAAUAUUCACUUCGACCUGGAGACGUCCGUGGACAGCCGGUGCACCACUGACAGUGCUGACAGCACUCUCCUGGGCCGCCGUUACUGAGAGCUUCCGUCCCCUCUCCUUACCCCGCGUGCCGCUGUCGAUGUCUCUGUGCGGGUGUUUGCGUUUUGCUCUCUAUUCUUCUCCUCUAGCGUUGUGCGCUGUGAACAGACGGUGGGAUUUUCCUCUCACCGAUCUUCCUGUGCCGCUGUUUGUUUCCGUUGUUUAUGAUUUGUGUGAAUGUGACUGUCAUGGUGUCAGUAUGCAUGCGAGUUGACAUCCGGACUGCUUUACUGUAAAAAAAAAAAAAAAAAAAAAAAAAAAAAAAAAAAAAAAAAAAAAAAAAAAUGCAGGGAUUGAAUUCUAGUUUGGAGUCCAAAGAUGUAAACGUUCCUCGCUGGUCUUUCAGGCUUACUAUCAAAUCUGUUGUGAAAUGUUGUGCAUCAAAAAAGGGAAACUGUAAAUAGAAGUUUGAUGGAAGGCAGACAGUUGUGUAGAAGAUCAGAAAAGAGAUUAUUGCUUUGAGAUGCUUGAGUCUGCAAGUUUUGAAUUUGAUUUUUUUUUUAAAGUUUAAUUCAUAUUUCUUCUAUAGAGUGAAGAACUUUUAUAAUACAUUGAAAACUCUAAAGCUUGUGAGUCUCUUGAUACCAAUAUAUAUAUACACAAAGAGGAUGUCUUGGUGGUUUAUGCCUUUGGAAUUUAAAGGGAUUUUUGUUGGUGGUGGGUUUUUGUGCCAUUGAUUGAAGAAAGAAUGUUUUUAUUCUGCUAAGUUAUUUCUGAAUUAGAUUGGCCAAUAUUCUUUUUAAUAAAUUUUUUUUUUUAAGAAAA